AGGGCAGGCCAAGCCAGACAGGUGGGCGGCGGUCUCUCCCGGCCCGCUGGCGGCAGCCAAACUGACGGACUGAGUGGCAGACGGCGGCAGGGCUACGGGCCGGUGCCGGCCGAGUGCACGCCGUGCCGACGCCAUGACAGAGCAGACCUACUGUGACCGCCUGGUUCAGGACACGCCUUUUCUGAUGGGCCAUGGGCGUCUGAGUGAGCAGCAGGUGGACAGGAUCAAAAAAAAAUAUCCCCAAAUCCUCAGCAACAAGGAUGCGGAAAAGUUCCGAAACCCAAAAGCAUCCCUGCGUGUGCGGCUCUGUGACCUCCUGGGCCACCUGCAGCGGAGCAAUGAGCGGGAUUGCCAGGAGUUCUACCGUGCCUUGUAUAUCCAUGCCCAGCCACUGUACAGCCGCCUGCCUAGCCGGCACACUCUGCAGAACUCAGAUUGCACAGAGCUAGACUCAGGCACCGCAAGCCAAGAGCUCAGUGACAGAGGACCUGUGGCCUUCCUGGCCUGUCUUGGCCUGGCCGCAGGGCUGGCCCUCCUCAUCUACUGCUGCCCUCCAGACCCCAAGGUGCUGCCAGGGGCCCGGCGCGUCCUGGGCUUCUCUCCGGUCAUCGUGGACAGGCACGUCAGCCGCUUCCUGCUGGCCUUUCUGACAGACGACCUGGGGGGCUUCUGACAGACCAGCCGCUGCCGCCUAUCAUGCACCAAAGAGCCCCCACCUGCCCGGAGGCCAGCUUCUUUUCUAAAUGCUGUUUUACUAUUUAUAAUUACUGUAAGAAGCACUACUCCUUUUUACAAAGGUGCUUAAUGAUAUUAAAUGUGCAAGUCUCCUCUCUC